GCUCUUGGCGCCGCGCUUCCGGGUUGGCUGUGGCUGUGGCUGCGGCGGCGGCGCAGGGGCAGAAACCGGUGCGGCGCAGAAGCCCCAGAGGCGGGCGGGGCGGAGCGGAGGGCCAGCGGGCCUCGGCGCGGGUCUCCCGCCAGGCCGCCGGGUGAGUUGGCAGCGACCCGGACCCCACCGGGCGCCCCUGAGAGAUUUAACCCUUAGUGGCUUCUGAAGAAAAUGGCAGAAACAUCGCCAGAGCCUUCUGGGCAGCUUGUUGUACACUCAGACGCUCACAGUGACACUGUGCUGGCCAGUUUUGAGGAUCAGAGGAAGAAAGGCUUCCUCUGUGACAUUACUUUAAUCGUGGAGAAUGUACAUUUCCGGGCCCACAAAGCCUUACUUGCUGCCAGUAGUGAAUACUUCUCAAUGAUGUUUGCGGAAGAGGGGGAAAUCGGCCAAUCCAUUUAUAUGCUGGAAGGCAUGGUUGCAGACACCUUUGGUAUCCUGCUGGAAUUUAUCUACACAGGUUAUCUCCAUGCCAGUGAGAAAAGUACAGAACAAAUCCUGGCUACUGCUCAGUUCUUAAAAGUCUAUGACCUGGUAAAGGCUUACACAGACUUCCAAAAUAAUCAUAGCUCCCCAAAGCCAACAACUUUGAACGCUGCUGGUGCCCCAGUGGUUGUUAUCUCUAAUAAGAAAAACGAUCCUCCAAAGCGGAAACGGGGAAGACCAAAAAAAGUCAAUACAUUGCAGGAGGAGAAAUCAGAACUGGCUGCAGAGGAAGAAAUACAGUUAAGAGUGAACAAUUCAGUUCAGAAUAGACAAAACUUUGUGGUUAAAGGAGACAGUAGUGUACUGAAUGAGCAGAUUGCAGCAAAAGAAAAGGAAGAAUCGGAGCCUACUUGUGAGCCAAGUAGAGAGGAAGAAAUGCCAGUUGAAAAAGAUGAGAACUAUGAUCCCAAGACCCAGGAUGGCCAGGCAAGCCAUAGUCGAUACAGCAAACGGAGGAUUUGGAGAUCCGUCAAACUUAAAGAUUACAAACUUGUUGGGGAUCAAGAGGACCAUGGUUCAGCCAAGAGGAUCUGUGGAAGGAGAAAGCGCCCUGGAGGCCCUGAGGCCCGCUGUAAAGACUGUGGCAAGGUCUUUAAAUACAAUCACUUUUUAGCAAUCCACCAGAGGAGCCACACAGGGGAGCGACCUUUCAAAUGUAAUGAGUGUGGAAAAGGCUUUGCCCAGAAGCACUCGCUACAGGUCCACACCAGGAUGCACACAGGCGAGCGGCCGUACACCUGCACCGUGUGCAGCAAGGCUCUGACCACCAAGCACUCACUGCUGGAGCACAUGAGCCUGCACUCAGGACAGAAGUCUUUUACCUGUGAUCAAUGCGGAAAAUAUUUCAGCCAGAACAGACAACUAAAGAGCCAUUAUCGAGUUCAUACAGGCCACUCAUUACCGGAGUGCAAAGACUGCCAUCGCAAAUUCAUGGAUGUGUCUCAGCUAAAGAAACAUCUGCGAACACACACAGGUGAGAAGCCAUUUACUUGUGAAAUCUGUGGCAAAUCUUUCACAGCAAAGAGUUCUCUUCAGACCCACAUCAGAAUCCAUCGAGGAGAAAAGCCAUACUCGUGUGGCAUUUGUGGCAAAUCCUUCUCUGACUCCAGUGCCAAAAGGAGACACUGCAUUCUACACACUGGCAAGAAGCCUUUCUCCUGCCCUGAGUGUAACUUACAGUUUGCUCGCUUAGACAACUUGAAGGCUCACUUGAAAAUUCAUAGCAAGGAGAAGCAUGCGUCAGAUGCCAGCAGCAUUUCCGGCAGUAGUAAUACAGAAGAGGUCAGGAAUAUUCUUCAGCUACAGCCAUAUCAACUCUCUACCUCGGGAGAGCAGGAAAUUCAGCUUCUUGUAACCGAUUCUGUACAUAACAUCAAUUUCAUGCCCGGUCCUAGCCAGGGAAUCAGCAUCGUGACUGCAGAGAGUUCCCAAAACAUGACUGCAGACCAGGCUGCUAAUCUUACCCUGCUCACGCAGCAGCCAGAGCAACUGCAGAAUUUAAUUCUUUCAGCUCAACAGGAGCAAACAGAACACAUUGAGAGCCUCAAUAUGAUUGAAAGCCAGAUGGGGCCCUCACAAACAGAGCCAGUGCACGUGAUCACUCUGUCCAAGGAAACACUGGAACAUCUUCAUGCCCAUCAAGAGCAAACAGAGGAGCUCCAUUUAGCUACAAGUACUUCAGAUCCAGCUCAGCACCUGCAGCUGACACAGGAGCCUGAUCCGCCACCACCCACUCACCAUGUGCCCCAGCCAGCGCCUCUUGGCCAGGAGCAGAGCUGACCUGUAAACACGUUUGACUGCUUGAUUGGGCUUUUCUUAUAAGCCAGCUCUGACUGGAUUUUGAACGCUUGAAGUCAGGCUCUCCACACCAUCGACUUGCAGAUGCUUCUGUGAGAGCUGUGAUGGCUAACUGAUGUUUAUAAUGCCCUCCAUCCAGGUAGCAGGAUGUGUGUAUGUCUUGUCUAAGGUACUGAUUUGGAUUGAGCAUUUCAAUAUUGUUGAAUGGUUUUCAUUUUCAUCUGCAAUGUCUCAUAAAGACUCGGGUAGUUUUUCUUUGGGGGCAUUGAUCUCAGUUUUUCUGUAAGGUUUAAAUGUUCACAGCCAUAGGUUAUGGUCUUGCCAACCUCCCCAGUUAUGUUUUUUUAUUUUCUAGGACAAAGGGAGUCAUUUUGGUUGAACUGGGCAGAAUGGUUUGUUCUAUUUUCUUAUUUUUCUUAGGCAACACAGUUGUUACCACAAGACAAGUCAGGGCUAAAUAUGACAGAUCACAAUGUAUGGGGAAUUUGCCCUUUUAAUAAUUUCCAGUCCCCUAAGACAAAGUAACCCUCAACGUUUUAUCUUUGUGCAGUACAGUGGGCUUAUUGUGUUAACACUUCAGAAAGAUUCAAACUCAUAAACUCAGUAUUUUAACUCAAAAUUCAUGUAACAGGAUAGCCAAAAGCAUAGGAUUUUUUUAAAUUCUGAAUUCGUCUUUUCUGAGAAACAUAAAUUUACAUAUUUUUUAACAGAAGGCUAUCAAAAUUUUAAUUAAGUUUAAAAUACAAAAUUGGAUCAAGACAUUCACCCUAAAUUCUGAAUUUUUGUCAGAAAAGAGAUUUGAUUUUCAUGAAGGUAAAGCUUUCUUCACUAUUCUGGAACAUAAAACUUUAUUCAGUGUAAUUUAAGUCUUAUAUAUACUCUACUGAAUUCUAACUGAUCUGAAAAUGUUGAUCUACGUGUUGUGUCUGAUAACUUUCUGGAGAUGGAAGCUUAUUACAAUUCAUUUUUAUUGCAGACUAGUUAAAUCCCACAAAGUGAAUAUCUUCUCCUAAUCUUUCCUUUUUUAGAGACAGGGUCUCACUCUAUCACCCAGGCCAGAGUGUAGUGGCACAGUCAUUGCUCACUAUAACCUCGAAUUCCUGGGCUCAAACAACCCUCCCACCUUAGCCUCCCUAGUAGCUGGGACUACAGGGAUGUACCACCACACCCAGCUAAUCUUCAUCUAAUCUUAAAACUUUGAGCCUCAGAGACUUUGUAGCCAGCAUGUGUCUGUAAUUGUAUGAUUUUUAAAUCAUCAUCAAAAGAUUAAAUUAUGUUUGGGUUAGGUUUUCAAGCUAAGCUUAUUGAAUUCUUUUACCACUUUCAUGUAAGCUGGUAGGGGAUUUUUGAGAAAAGAAGGUGGGCACUAGUAUAACUAAAUUAACAAUGCUGAUGGGGAGUAGGGGGUAAUCUACUCUAAAAUUAAUAGAGCCUUUCCAUCAGUUGUUUUGUUUUAGACAUCCUUGAUUUCUCCCUAAAUCAAAUAAGUUAUUUGGAGGUUAGAGUAAUAGAGAAUUCUUCAGGUUUGAGAGAAGAUAAAAACAUUUUGGUUGCAUAUUUGCUAAGCUAUAUUUUAUUAUAUGUAAUUCACAAAAUUUCCAAAAUGAUAUAUAUCUUAUAUGUAUCAACCAAACUAAUGUUAAAUCAGGCCUGACUAGAGCAAAGAUAACAAUUUUUUACAAACACUGUUAAGCCCUAAGUAUUAUUUCAGGUUCUCGUUUAAACUGUUUAAUUUUAUUCUUAAAACACAAAGUUUUUACCAGCUUUUCAAAGCCCACCAAUCCACAUUUUCUCCAGGAAAUUAAAUAUUUAAGUAAGUGAAUGUUUACUCACUCUGGAUAGCUAGGUGAUUAUUCAGAAAAUACGGUUACAUAGCUAUUUAUAAGUCAAGUUUCACUGGCUCUAUAACAGUCUACCUCUACACUAAGAGAACUAUAACGUCAACAUAGGUCACUUUAAAUGUUCUAGUAGCAACAUUUAAAAACCUAAAAAGAAGCAGGUGAAAAUGUUAAUAAAAGGUUAUUUAAUCCAACAUUUGCCAGAUAUUUCAACAUAUAAAAAUAUAUCAGUGAGACAUUUUACAUUCUCUUUUUCAUACUAAGCUUUCAAAAUCUGGUGCGUAUUUUACACUUUCUGCACAUCUCCAUUUGGAUGCUAAUGUUCAUUGGACAUACUUGAUCUGUAUUUAGAUUUCAUACAACUUACAGUUGAAAACAGAUUCUCAUAUCAAGUAGCUAAGACAAAAGUUUUUUUCAAGAAUUGAAAUAAGUAUCAGUUUAAAAAUUUAUAUUAAAUUUAUUAAAAUUAAAAUCCAGUUCCUUGUUGCAUGGGACACAGUGCAAAUGCUUGAUAAGCACAUGUGGCUAGUGGCUGCUAUAUUGGACAGCAUGGGCCACCUGUUUCUAGCUUGAGCAUCAGUCCUAGCUAUGCCUGAAUUAUUUGACCAGCUGUCAAAGAGAAACAAGGAAAUGAUAGCUUUGUUUAUCUAGCCUCUUUCUUUGUCCCACAUAUACAUUCUACCCCUUUGAAUAAAAAAGUUCAAUGACGCUGGGCGUGGAGGCUCAUGCCUGUAAUCCCAGCACUUUGGGAGGCCAAGGUGGGCGGAUCACGAGGUCAGGAGUUCAAGGCCAGCCUGACCAACAUAGUGAAACCCCAUCUCUACUAAAAAUACAAAAAUUAGCUGGGUGUGGUGGUGUACGCCUGUAAUCCCAGCUACUCGGGAGGCUGAGACAGGAGAAUCACUUGAACCCAGGAGGCGGAGGCUGCAGUGAGCUGAGAUCACACCAUUGCACUCAAGCCUGGCGACAGAGUGAGACUCCGUCUCAAAAAAAAAAAGUUCAGUGACUUGAGUACCCAAAAGAAAUGUCGUGAACAUGAAAGUACUUCUCAUGUGUCCUUGAGAAAUGAUGUUGCUAGUGCAGUGUUUCACAAUUCAUUUUCUACUAACUGUACCAUUUUUUAAAUUGUUUUAACAGAAAUAUAGAGUGUGUUUCUUAGGAAAUAGAAUGUUAUGCUUUGGGACUCCUGAAACACCUCGUUUUGAAGGUGAAUCUUUGGUUUUCUCCCAGGAGAGGGUUGGCCUUGGAAUGACUGGAGCUCUUACCAUCAAAAUCAGUUAUUCAAGUGCUUGCCCAGUGCUUCUUGAAACUCACCUCUACUCUGUAUUUUCUACAGUUGGUUCUUGUGUUAUAAAUGUUGUGAGCAACAGAUUAAAUGAUGCUGAGGAAUGAAAAAAGAUUCUCAUUAUAGAUGCUUAUCUAGGUUUUCAUAAAUGGGAAUGUAACAAUAUCUUCCAAAUAUGGAGUCCUUACUAUUGGCCAGGAGCCAAGCCAGGUCUGUUAAAUCUGUAUCAUAUCUUACUGGGUCUCAAACAUCUUCCAUGUCAUGGCACACAGAUCUACAAUAUAGCACCCUCUGGUUGGAGGACUCCAGUCCCCUCUGGUCAUGACUGGUAUAUUAGUUUGCCAGGACUACCAUAACAAAUACCACAGACUGGGUGACUGAAAAAAUAGAAAGUCCAAGAUCAACGUGUCAGUGGGGUUGGUUUCUUCUGAGGCCUCCCUUCUAGUCGUCUUCCCCUGCCUGUAUCUUCACAUGUCCUUCCCUCUGUCUUACUCUCUUUUAAGAACACCAGUUGUAUGGGAUCAGCCCACAUUAAUGUCCUCAUUUAAUCAUCUUUUCAAACACAAUCCCAUUCUGAGAUGCUGGGUAUUAGGACAUCAACAUGUGAAUUUGGAGUAGGGGGACACAAUUUACCUCCUAACAACUGGCAUCUGAGUGAGGAGAGGACCAGUGUCUGGGACACACCUUAACCACUGGAAGCAUGUCUCAUCUUAAUCUUCAUGACAUUCUGAUGAGGUGAGUAAUUAUUAUGCUUAUUGGACAGAUGAGAACAUGGAGCCCAAAGAGAAAGUCUGUUGCCAAAUGUCAUACAGUAAGUGGUAGAACCAGAACUAGGGCACAGGCUUUUAAAACUUUAAGCUGGAUUUCUUAUUCCCCAAGGUUAAUAGAACCAAAAGAAAAUGACAAUUUUCUUAUUAAAUAAGUAAUUUCUUAUUUAUUAUUAAAUACGUAAUUUAUUUCCUACUUAUUAAGUUAUUUCUUAUUAAAAAUUACAUAUUUAAUAAGAACUUACUAAUUAAGGAAUGUGACCUGCUUAAUGUAAUAGAACUUUUUGACUAAAAUUGAGGGUCUAUGUCUGGAAUUAUAGCGUACUUUUUUCUUUUUUUAAGUGGAGACAGGGUCUCACUAUAUUGCCCAGGCUGGCCUCAAACUCCUGGCCUCAAGCAGUCCUCCCACCUUGGCCUCCUAAAGUGCUGGGAUUACAAGCAUGUGCCACCUGCAUACAAUUAUAACUUUUUUACAUAAAACAAUAAUAGUGAAAGUUACGGUCUACAGAAAUUCAGUAACUACCAUAUAAUCAUGUUAGUGUUUCACUACUAUUGAUUUAAAGCUUAAUUGGUAAGAAAAUGUGGCACAUAUACACCAUGGAAUACUAUGCAGCCAUAAAAAAGGAUGGAUGAGUUCAUCUCCUUUGCAGGAACAUGGAUGAAAUUGGAAAUCAUCAUUCUCAGCAAACUAACACAGGAACAGAAAACCAAACACCACAUGUUCUCACUCAUAGAUGGGAAUUGAACAAUGAGAACCCUUGGACACAAGGCAGGGAACAUCACAUACCAGGGCCUGUCAUAGGGUGGGGGGCUGGGGGAGGGAUAGGAUUACGAGAAAUACCUAAUGUAAAUGACAAGUUGAUGGGUGCAGCAAACCAACAUGGCACAUGUAUACCUAUGUAACCUGCAUGUUGUGCACAUGUACCCUAGAACUUAAAGUAUAAUUAAAAAAAAAAAAAAAAGCUUAAUCGAAAUUUGCCAGUUGGAUGAAAGUUACUGGUAAGGUGAAAAUGUCUUAGUUAACAGGAGCCUCUGUAAGUGAGCCCUUUUUUCAAAUUUUUGACUGAGGAUAUUUUAAGUUUAGGGUAGGUUUGUUUUAUUUUUGUUAUCCUUAAUAAGCAUUAAGGUAAAAUUUCAUUUUCAGUUUCUAAACUUAAGCCUAAACUCUUAAGAAUUGAAAGAAAACUCUUUGUCUUGCUUUUGUAAAUAGCAGAUAAAGAGGAAUGACCUGUGCAAAAUCUGCUUGGCUUGCCUUUUGUAAAUAGCAGCUCUCAAGGAGUGACCUCUAAAGGAAGCUGGAAUGUCGUGAUAGUUUAUCCUGCUCUCAAAUUCUUUACACAUAAUUAAGCAGCAAAAGACUGUAGCUUACUGGAGUGUGUGUGUGUGUGUGUGUGUGUGUGUGUGUGUGUAUUUAUAUAUAUAUUUCAUUCUAACUUGAAACAUGGGACAUCAACAGCUUUUAAACUGAAGCUCAUUCGAUUACUUUUUUUUUUUUUUUUUUUUUUUUGACAUAGGGUCUUGCUCUGUCACAGGCUGAAGUGCAGUGGCAUGAUCAUGGCUCACUACAGCCUCUUAGCCUCCUGAGUACCUGGGACCACAGGCAUGCACCACCAUGCUCAGCUAAUUUUUAGAUUUUUUUUUAGAGACAAGGUCUCACUACGUUACCCAGGCUGGUCUCAAACUCCUGAGCUCAAGUGAUCCUCCCACCUCAGCCUCCCAGAGUGCUGGGAUUACAGACACAAGCCACUGUACUCAGCCCACAUUCUCAGUAAUACAAAAUGUAGGAAUUUAAACACAUUUUGGUAACAGCAAGGGAUCUUAGCUUUUUUAUGUGAGUCUGAAAAGUGGUACUAUAUUCAGUGUGAAGUGUGAAAAGAAAAAAUUUGAGCAGGGGUCAGGGUAGAGAACUUUUAUUCUGAAUUCCUAAUAUCCAUAAUAUGUCACUUUAAAUAUAAUUCAAAGAUGAUUUUCCAAAAGAAUAGUUUGGGUAUUGGUUUUAGUUCAUUCAUAUGACUGUAUCCUUGUUAAAUGAAAAGUCAAACUGAAGCUUCCUUAGACUAAAUCAGAGUUAAAAACAAAACUACAUUUUAAAAAUCCACCUCUCAAGAUAAUUUUAGUUUGGUUAAGUGGCUUCUGGAUAAAUGUUUCUUAUAAUCUUAGUGUUUGAAGGGCAAAGGCAGUCUUAUUACAAAAAUAUGGGCAAGUAUUUAACUGAUCCUGAACCUAUUUAUGUGUUUAAUCUUUGCAGCCUCUCAAGGUAGAGUCCUUGUGUUAUCUCAGAAUCUAUGAAAUAAUAAUUGUGCUUUGACUUCUGGGGAAGGUAUUGAGUAAAAAGCAGCAUACAGAGGAAUAAGGUGGGAAGGAAAAAUAGGAAAGAUGGGGGCCCCAAGUUUGUGAUUUACCCACUCCAAGCCAAGAGACAAAGCUGGGUGUCAUUCUUGAAGGGGCCAACCUCACCCCACACCCAAUUCAUGGCCAUGUUAUGUCAGUUUCACCUUGAAAUAUCUUUUGACUCCAUCCACUUCUCCCAUCCUCACUAUACCAUGUCACUUGCCUGUACUCCUGACAAAGACCUGAUUGAUCCU